AUGGUGUUUGCAAUCACCUACACUGGCACUCUUUUCUUCGAGCCUAUCCCUGUUAACUACCAUCGUCACCUUCAAAAUUUUGCCUCUCGUCCUUUUCUGGCCUCAUAUCACAUUCCCUUUCCUGAACUAGUGGAACUGGGACUUGAUGUGCAUAGGUUCAUUCAAAACUUGGGUUGGGAGUUUCUGCUUGAUCACCCUUUUUCCUCCUUGGUCUGUCCGGAUUUAGUCCGCUACUUCUUCUCAAACUUUCGCUCACCCGGCCUUGCCUCUCGUUCCUUCUCUACUAUUGUUUUUGGCCAUCUGCUCACUCUCCCUCUCGAUGAUCUGUCGGAUACGCUUCAUAUCCCUCGAGUUGGAGAAGCUCUGGCUGAUGCCUCUGAGUUGGAACUGUUUGCCUUUCAAUAUGCUGAAGAAUUUCAUCAGCUCACCGGUGUGUUGCCAGCCCCCAACCAUAUUAUGCCUGUCUCCUCUCUGCUGCCCUCUCUUCGGAUGCUGCAUUACUGCAUCACUCGAGUCUUUGUCCCUCGUGCUGACUCCUUGAACUUUGUUCUUCCGGUCGAUCUUUGGAUCAUAUCCCAUGCUGUUCAUGGAGUCCCCCUAGAUUAUGCUCAUUUAGUGUUUGGCAGUCUUAUGCGAUCCAGUGAUGCCUCCUUUACUGGUCCAUUUGCCUUGGGUCCUCUGGUCACCUCUAUGCUCCUUGAGCUUCGUAUCCACCUCUCACCAUUUAUCACCAUCACACCCUCUCUGUUCCCACCGGCGAGCGCUGUUCUGGAUGCACUGGAGAUUGCAAUUGAAGGGGAGGAAGCUGUUGAAGGGGAGGACGUCAUCUGGGUCAGCAGCAGCAGCGAUGACUCUGGACUGGAGCCCUUUGUCGAAUCCCUCCAAACUCUGCUAGAAUAUGGAUCUGAUGCUGACGGUGACAGCGCCUAA